AUGUCGUCUCGCAGCGUCCCCGCGUCCCCGCCGCCGGCCGUCGACGGCACCCCUUUCCUCGCCGACCAGUCUUCCUUCCGCACCCGCAGCCGCUUCCUCCGUCGUCCCCCCAGCCUCCGCGGCGCCGUACGCUUCCUCCGCCGUGCCAGCAGCCGCGGCCGCGCGAUGCGCGAGCCCUCCGUCCGCGUUCGCGAGGCCGCGGCGGAGCAAAUCGAGGAGCGGCAGAGCGAUUGGGCCUACUCCAAGCCCAUAGUGGUCCUCGACCUCAUCUGGAACCUCGCCUUCGUGGUUGUCUCGAUCUCCGUCCUGAUCGCGAGCCGCCGCGAGGCGCCGCCGAUGCCUCUGAGGCUGUGGAUCGUCGGGUACGCGCUCCAGUGCGUUCUCCACAUGGUGUGCGUGUGCGUGGAGUAUAGGAAGAGGUACUCGCUGCGGAAUUUGGAAGGUAGUGAGAGGGGGCAGCUGAGGUAUAGCCGGAAUAACUCGAAUUCGAGCACAGGAAGUGAUGAGAUGGAGACUGUGAGUUAUGGCGCCGAGCGCCGGCAAAACGAUGAUGAUGCUAGUGUUGCUAAACAUCUGGAGUCUGCAAAUACGAUGUUCUCAUUCAUUUGGUGGAUAAUAGGGUUCUAUUGGAUAUCUGCCGGUGGCCCAAAUUUGACUAGUGAAUCGCCUCAACUCUACUGGCUGUGCAUUACAUUUUUGGCAUUUGAUGUGUUCUUUGUCGUUAUAUGCGUUGUUGUGGCGUGUCUCAUUGGGCUUGCAGUUUGCUGCUGUUUACCAUGUAUCAUUGCAAUCUUAUAUGCCGUGGCAGAUCAGGAAGGAGCUACAAAGGAGGAUAUCGAGAGACUACCUAAAUUCAGAUUUCGCAAAAUCGGGGACUUUGAGAAGGAAAAUGGUGAAAUUCAAGAGUCGUUUGGAGGAAUAAUGACCGAAUGUGACACAGACUCUCCUGCAGAACACGUGCUUUCUCUCGAGGAUGCUGAAUGUUGCAUCUGCCUUUGUGCCUAUGAUGAUGGAGCCGAACUGCGUGAGCUCCCGUGCCGCCACCACUUCCACUCGGCCUGCAACGACAAGUGGCUCCACAUCAAUGCCACCUGUCCACUCUGCAAGUUCAACAUACUUAAAAAUGGAAACCAAACGGACAGCGAGGAAGUAUAA